UUCAUUAACAGUUGUGAAACCACACAGUUUCUCACAUUGCCCAAAACAUUUGUGUAGGAUCGAGAGCACCGGGCAAAGCGUGCUAGGCAUAUUCCUCGUGCACAUGGGGAUUGGAUACGGCAUCGCAACCACAAUAUGCGCUAGCAUCGGCGUUCCGUUGCUAUUUGAGGUAGCCGAGUGGAAGAGGCAGAGCGGGUACAAGCUCAUCUCAGUAUCCUUGAUUCUUUCAAUAGUUGCCUGUUGUCUGGCCGGCCUGCUUACGCUGUACCACACAAAGACGCCUGCGCCAAGCACGGAUCCCGCGCAUCACUUAUUGUCGACAAUAUGGAUAUCGUUUAUGCUGGCGCGCUUCACCAUGCCGAUGGAUAGUGCCGCAAACACCAGUGAGGCCCUGUUUUACUGUUUUUCCAUCCUGCCGGCUAUUGUCUUGACUGGGAUGUGGGCGGGAUCAGCCCAAGAUUUCCUCAGUGGGCUUGGCACUCCGCAAAGCCAUUCGGACGCGUGCCUGGAGUGCUGCUGCUGCCCGGAACAUGACGGCUCCCAGUAUUAUGAAAUGACUGUGGUCAGCGGGAACGCGUGUCACGACGAUGCACAGCUGCCCAUCAGGUGUACCAAAUGCAGACACGAGGCGAUGCUCCAGCGCGCCAUACGCCGGUACACAUGAAAGGCUGGCUUUGGAAGAAUGAAUGUUUAUUUACAAAAAAUGUAUGCUGC